UUCGUAAGAGUUCAUGUGAGGCCCAACAUGGCCCACCACUUCAAGCCUGUUAAGUCCAGUAAACAAAAUCUAAACAUGAAACAGUUGAAAUUUUCCAUUUCUCAUUGCCACAAAAACAAAUUCGAGCUCGAGCAAUAUAAUAAUGGCUUCCAUCGCUAUCUUCCAUAGAAUUCUUUGCAGUACAUCGCCUUCAUGUUUACACCCAAAAAGUCACCAGAGAAAUCGAGCCUUACCAUCUCAGUUUCUUUCUUCAAACUCUCUGCUCAAGCUGAAGAAGCAAACCGCCUUCUCAACUGUACGAUUCAGGAAGCUUAACAGCCGUAGAUUUCAGGCACAACCUUCCUUCAUCUACGCUGUCCAGUCCAAUUUCCUUAAAGUGAUUCAAACGGUGUGGAGGGUUGGCAAGGAUGGAAUUGAUGCCGGAACUAACCUGGUGCCUGAUUCUAUCCCAAGACCAUUGGCUAGAAUAUCUGUCACCGUAGUUGCUGUUACCUUUGCACUCUUUCUGCUCAAAUCGUUCCUCUCUACUGCCUUCUUUGCAUUGGCCACAAUGGGAGUGAUAUAUUUUGCAUUCAUAGCCUUAAACAAGGAUGAAAGCCCAAGAGUAGAUGGCAAAACAACUUCAGUGGAUGAGAGUCUAGAAGAGGCAAGAAGAAUCAUGGAUAAGUACAAAUAACAAAUGCAAGAUGGCGGCCAUGCAACAGAAUCUGUGGUUCUCAGCUCAAAAUGUAAAGAUUUCUUCGACUCUAGAUCAUGAAAUGAUGAGUAUAUUUCUUUGAAUAUUUUGGACAUGACAACAGUAGAAGUAUAUUUUAUUGAACUUAAAAUCUUGAACUUGUACACAGUAGAAAUUGUUCCUCUAUAUACACUUCUACAGAGAUUGAAAG